GCUCUUCGCAUCACGGUCGGCGUUAUUAAGUUUUAAUUUCCGAGUGAACAUUGAGCAUCAAGAAGAAGGAUCGCUCUCCCGCGGUAUACAGAGGGAUAUUCUGCGUGUACCUCCGUCACCAUGAGUGCGGAGCGAGCAGGGAUGACUUUAUUACUGCAAAUUCUGGUGAUGGCUGCCGCACUGCAAGUGCGGGCGGCCCAGCAGGCUCAACAGCUCCCAGCAGAGGACGUUAUAACUGCUACGGCGCCCCUCGCCACCACCGCACCCUCAGAGUCGUGGCACUGUACCUUCCAAGAUGACUUCUGCAACAUGACGACCGUGUCUUCAUAUAAGGGCCACUGGGAGCGUAACAAUACUUUAGACAAGGUGCCCAGCGUCCAGGACACAUGGUACGUGGCAAUGUCGGGGAAUACCUCCAAAGGGCAGCGGGCAGGCCUGGAGACACCCGUGUUCUCUUCCUCCCCUGUCACCCCGCGCUGCCUCACCUUCUUCUACUACAUGGACGGUGCUAACACUGGCCAGAUCUCUGUCCUCCUCAGAAGAGGAGGUGAUUUAGUAGAAGGAGCACUAUGGACACAGGGGCGGCCUCAAGGACAGGAGUGGAUGCCUGCACACGCCGACAUUGACUUCAACACAUCGGUUUCUAUUGUGUUUGAGAGUAAGAGAGGCAAUAACGUGGAGGCGGUGUUGGCGCUGGAUGAGAUCACUAUAGUUGAGAUGUCUUGCAACUCCUUCCAGCCCACCGACGAGCCCGACCAGAGGACAAUGUGCGACUUCGAGGACUCUUUGUGUGGAUUCACUCUGGAGAAUGAGAAAGGGGAGUGGCUAUGGAUCACCCCACAUGACAAGGCCAUCAACUUUCCUCACCCCGCUCAUGACCACACCUACAGCACUGAUUUCGGUCACUACUUGGUGGCACCGCUAAUGGACAACCGUGAGGGGCUGGUGGGUCGGGUUGUGACACCGGAGUUCACAGAGGAGCUAAACAAAACCCAGUGCCUUACUUUUUGGUACAUGCACAAUGGCCAGACCAACAAGGACGCGCUUACCGUCUCCAUCAAGCAUGACCUGGAUAUAUUUGCCAGAGCAGUCUGGAGAGAGACCAGUGAGUUUCUCGUGAAUUUUGAGUGGCGGAAAGUUGUGUGAGUGGGAUGUGAAUAAUGAAAAGUGGAAAGAUGUGUAAAUGACUUUUUGAGUUUUGAGAACUGAAGAGAUGUGUGAGUGGCUUGUAAAGUUUGAAAAGUGGUAACAAUGGAGCGUCGAUGCACUUUCGACUGUAUCUUUGUGCAUCUAUUUUUGUCAUACCUAAGGUGAACAUCAUCUGAUGCCUUCCAAAUUUUUGCAGCUAUUCUUAAUUUUGUUAUUCAUUUUAUUCAACCAUUCUCUUUCAAUCCUUGGCAUGGUCCUUGUACCGGUCAACUGCUUCUAGCACUCCUGUCCCAGUUGAAUUCCUCAUUUAGUAGACUAUUGUAAUACAGGUAUUUUCUCCAAACUUUCUUGAUUGCCUCAUUAUCAAC